AUGGCCACGGGUGGUCCCUGGCCCCCCAACCGGCAUGCGGAGGAGGGCAGCCUGCAGCUCCACAUCAUGCGGCUGUGGGAGUAUGCCACCACCCACACCAACGGGUCCGCACGCGGCUACGAUCUGUCCAGUGCCUAUGAUUACACAAUGCCACCCAUGGAGAAAACCCUUCUGAAAACUGACAUUCAGACAGCUCUUCCUUCUGGGUGCUAUGGAAGAGGAGCUCCACGUUCCAGCUUGGCUGCAAAACACUUUAUAGAUGUAGGAGCUGGUGUUAUAGAUGAAGAUUAUAGAGGAAAUCUUGGUGUUGUAUUAUUUAAUUUUGGCAAAGAAAAUUUUGAAGUAAAUGGUGACCGAAUUGCACAGCUCAUUUGUGAACGGAUUUUUUAUCCAGAAAUAGAGGAAGUUCAAGUUUUGGAUGACACUGAAAGGGGCUCAGGGGGUUUUGGUUCUACUGGAAAAAAAUGAAAAUUUAUGCCAAGAAUAGAAAAUGAGAAAUAAAGAGUUUUUGUUUGGUGUUUUGCACUUCUGUAAACUUAACAGCUUUAGAUUCUAACAAUAUUUGGUUCUCUUAUGCUCAAGGAAAAAGGUACUCUGUUGGCAUCACAUUGAACUUUUUUGUGUUUUUCUACAUUUGUUGUUGUAUAAAUAUUUAUGGUAACCUA